AUGGAAGCGGAACCUGACCACGUCCAACUCGCCGAGAGUACAAAGGCGGUCUCGGAGAGCCUCCCUGAGCCAACUCCGCCGACCACAACCGCACCUACAGUCACCGCGUCCGGCGCGAUAGAUGCCACCCUUAGGUUUUUCGCCAAUGCAAGCAAUGAAACCCUGGGAGCAUGCGCCGUGGGCCUAUGUGCCUCUACCUACCUUGUUCUAGGCCGUGUCGGCCUCGUCCUGAUCGGCGCAGUCGGAGGAGUUGUCCUCCAUGCAACAUGGGAAAGCCAGUACAGCGGCGAACCCGACCCGGAAAAACGCGAUAGCAAUCGCCGGAGGAAAGAGCUGGGAAUAGAAGUUGCACACCGUGUUCUGGGAUGGCGGGAGGAGCAACGGACAAAGGAGGGAGAUGAAGCAGUCUCUGACGAUGCCAACAUCGAGGUUGAGUCGGCCUCCAAGGCAUUGGAUUAUUCCAACUUCGAGCCGGAAACCGGAGAAGCCCUGAACAACUUGACGGACGCGGUUGUAAGAAACUACGUGACCUGGUGGUACAGUCCCUUGCUUCCAAAGGAUCGGCAAUUCCCGGCGAGUUGUAAGCAGACCUUGACGGGUUUUAUUGUCUCUCUCUCAACCCACCUUUCUCGAAAACGACCGGCCGACCCCUUCCUUGAUUUCCUAUCGAAUUCCACCUCAAUCGUGAUCGUUUUCUUGAAUGAACUCGGCAACGCGUUGAAGGCUUCGCAAAACCAGGACGCCGAGACCGCUAUAAAUACAUACCUACGGUAUCAACCCGACAGCAACCUGGCCAACGUGCUGAGCAGAGAUCAACAGACACGCAAACUCAACCUUGUGGCCGAUGACAUCUUACAGAACUUUCUCGAGUCAAAGUCAUACAACUGUACUCCAGUCAGGACAUUCUUGCGCGAGGUUCUAGCUGGCCUGGUGCUCGAAACCACUAUCAACUCUUGCUCCAAGCCAGAAUGGAUCAAUGGCUGGAUUAUCUACCUGUUACAGGACGGAGAGCCUGAGAUCAUGAAUGCCAUCGAUGCCGGAGUCGAGAACAUGACUGAGGCUAUUUCGGAGACAAACCCAGAUGCGGUCACUCAGAAACGCCAUAGUAGGCGUGUCAGCCGGGCUGAGGAAGCCAUGCAAGAAGCAAUGAGAGAGGCGCAGAGACUGAAUGAAAUGAUUGCAGAAGACGAGGCCAGACGCAAGCGUGGCUUACUUGCGAGUGAGCUUGAGGAGACAGGUUCAGUGACCACAACAGACGCUGGGCUGGCUACCCCUACUUCUUCGGAUAGUGACCGAAAUAGACAUGGGGAGCAGUCUUUGGAAUCCUCGCUGAUUUUCGAUAUUGAUGGCAACGCGGUCCAUUCUAGCACUCCGAGUCCGAAAAAGGAGCCUACUCCGUUCACCAAUUUUGAUCAGCUGCCGGAAGCUGUUCUUACGCCGCCGCCACAGCCUGUGUCAAAUGCACCAGCUCCUGUGGAAGCGAUGGUCGCCGUACCGCUCACUCUACACAACGCCUCUCUGACGAUCAUUGAUCUGGGGGACAUUAGUGACAAGUCUACUUUCAGGCAAAAGCCCAACAGCGAGUACAUGCUACAGAUCGAGCCAGCUUCGCACCGGUUUCCAGGAUGGAUGGUCACGCGGAGAUAUGCCGAUUUUGAGCCUCUCCAUCAGACCCUAACCACCAUUGCUCGGCUUUCUGGCGUGCCCGAAUUUGGCCAGAAAUAUCCCUCCCUCCCUGGCUGGAAGGGCCAGACAAGUGCUUCUUUGUUGCAGAAUUUGGAAAAUUAUCUGCGCUUUUGUCUCAGGUUUGAACCUUUGGCUGAGACCGAGGCGAUGAAGAAAUUCCUGGACAAGGAGACUGGCCUCCAGAAGGCACCGGCGCAGACUAAAAAUGUUCUGAUUCAAGGUGGUGCCGCAUUAGAAAAUGUGGGCAAGAAUUUCAUCAAUGUCCUCGGCCAGGGCGGGAAAAACAUCGCCGGUGGCGGGAAGGCGGUGCUUGGAGGGGUGCAGGGUGUUUUCGGUGCUGUAACGACCGGCGUCGGGGGUGCACCAAAGAAAUCCAUGUCCGCUUCUCGUCCGUCACAGCAACUAUCAAGGACUGAUACCGCGUCAAGCACGCCGAGCUUUCGACAGAGUCAAGAGCUGCCCAGACACAGUACCGACAGCGUCGAUGUGAAGCCGCCGCCGCUGCCGAGUAGACACAAGCAGAGUCCUUCAAUUCCAGCUCGGGAACCGAGGAUUUCCUCCAGUUUAGACGAAUCUCUUCGUCCAUCGGAGGCGAUGCUAUCGAUGCCUCCACCACCAAGUGUCAUCUCUGACGACUAUCAGCCCAUCACGCUGCCAAAGCCUGAAACGCCUCCUCGGCCACGACAAGACACGAUUGUCGCGAACCCAUCCACGCCGGCGCAAACACUCAAGCCGGUGGAGAUGGAAACUCCCGCCCCCAGCAUGCCUCCCAAGCUUCCUCCGAGGAACGCCAGACAUAAUGCACCUCUUUCCGACGAAGAGACGCGCAUUUUGAUCGAGUUGUUCUUUGCAGUACUGACCGAACUGUACUCACUGUCGGGCGCAUGGUCGAUUCGAUUGUCGCUUUUGGGUGCCGCUAGGACGUUCCUUCUGCGUCCCAACAAUCCACAACUGGAUUCGAUCCGGACUCUGCUGCAGGAGGGUGUGAUUGAGGCCAACUUCUCCGACAAGGGACGGGCAGCGCACAUCAACAAGCUCCGAGAGAAUGUGUUGCCGACAGAAGAAGAGCGGGCAAAGUGGCCGAAGGAGAUGUCGGCGGAAGACAAGGAGAAUCUCCGAGUCAAGGCACGCAAGAUGCUGAUUGAACGAGGUAUGCCACAGGCCCUGACCAGCGUGAUGGGAGCGGCUGCCAGUGGAGAGGCUCUUGGCAAAGUGUUCGACUGUCUUCAACUUGAGCCUGUGGCGAGAGGCUUAAUUUUUGCGCUGCUCUUGCAGGCCAUUCGAGCCGCCACGCAGUGA